GUCAAAACCAUAGAAGAAGUAAAUUAUUGGACCAAUAAUGAGAUGUUGCGUGUUAAUAUAAAACAGAAGCAGUCCACGUGUCUAUUAACUAGGUCGGUGUUCUACUGAUUUCCAUGUUUCCCACCACACAUCACAUGAAUCACGUUCUUACUAUUUUAUUUAAUUUCUAACCCACAACCAACUACCUCGACAUCGUCUCCAUUUAGCCUUCCAGAAAACGACGUCGUGGCAUCUAACUUUUUUCCCCCUGUAUCCCUGGUAUCGUUAAGAUGCGAAAGUAGUACGUUCUCGUGGACAAACGUAGAAGACGGGGAGCUUUUAACUUGAUCAUCAUCACUGCUGGGGCUAAUAACAGUUUUCAAUGUUGUUUGGCUGGAAAGGUACUACUCAUAUUAUGGCCUCUGCAAAUGGAGUGGCAAGUUUGCAAGGGAAGAGACCUCUUUUUUCCUUUGGGGUCAUUGCUGAUGUCCAGUAUGCUGAUAUUCCUGAUGGUCACUCAUUCAUUGGCAUUCCUAGGUAUUAUCGCCACAGUCUUCUUGUUUUGCAAAGAGCAGUUCAAAAAUGGAACAACCAUCAGAAGAUUAAAUUUGUUAUGAAUUUUGGGGAUAUUGUUGAUGGGCAUUGUCCCAAAGACCAAUCUAUUGAUGUUGUGAAGGAAGUUGUCAAUGAAUUUGAGAAGUUCAAUGGCCCUGUCUAUCACAUGAUUGGUAAUCACUGCUUAUACAAUCUUCCCCGUGACAAAUUACUUCCAUUACUGAAUAUUCCAAGUAUUGAUGGAUGCGCAUACUAUGAUUUUUCACCAAUUCCAGAAUACAGAUUUGUUGUACUUGAUGGUUAUGAUAUUAGUGCAAUCGGUUGGCCUCAAGAUCAUCCAAAUACAUUGGAAGCACUAAAAAUUCUUAGGGAGAAAAACCCAAAUACAGAGAAGAACAGCCCAGAUGGACUGGUGGGCAUGGAUAGAAGAUUCCUUAUGUACAAUGGAGCUGUUGGGAAAGAACAGUUGGAAUGGCUAGAUGGAGUACUUCAAGAUGCAACAAAGUUAAAACAGAAAGUAGUGGUCUGUUGCCAUCUGCCUCUGGAUCCAGGUUUCACAUCCCGAGAAGCAAUUCUCUGGAAUUAUGAUGAAGUAAUGGAUGUGAUACACUGUUACAAUUGUGUGAAAGUUUGCCUAGCAGGCCAUGAUCACCAAGGAGGCCAUUCAGUUGAUUCCCAUGGGAUACACCAUCGAGUCCUUGAAGCUGCCCUCGAGUGUCCUCCUGGUACAGAUGCAUUUGGAUACAUUGAUGUUUAUGAAAACAGGUUAUCACUUGUUGGUACAGAUCAGUUGCAGAGCACAGAUAUGUGUUUUAAUCCAUAAGUGGACUUCACAAAAUAUUAUUUUAGUAGCAAGUAUCCUACAGCUCAUUCUUUAAUGGAAGUUGUGUAGAAUAAACAUCAAUCUUUAACCAUAAUUAUCAACAGGUAAACACAAUUUUCACAAGUGCUUAUAAUAAAGUGGUAUCUAUGGUAGUGGUUUGUGUGAUGAGUCGCUUUGUGGUGUCUUUAUUCCUGCCAAAAGAGGUAAAAAUGUGACUGCUGGAAUUUCUUAGCAUGCUGAAAUUCAAACAAAAACUAUUAUGACUUAUUGUGCAUUUGUUAGCAGUGAGAUAUCUUCAGCUUCUGUAUUUCUGUCAUGCUGCUAUGCAUGUUUCACUGGUUAUUCCUGUAUUUCAGUGCUUUUCUUCCCUCGGUUAAGCAUGCUUUCUGUUUGGACUUCGAAUGUGAAGUUGUUGGGUUAAAAAUGUAUAUUACUUGUUCUUUCUGAAGUAAUAAAAACAUUCCAUUUAUUACAGACUCCUAAGGAGCAAAUUUGUAGAGGCUAUGGAUUUGAGCUACUAUGCACAACUGACUUUAAAUUUU